AUGUUCCGCCCGCACAAUCACAGUUUCGCUUCAUCUCGACUCUGCAUCCACUCUUUAACCACGAUAGCCGGAGCGCAUACCUACCUUUCUACUCAAAUCUUACCCGAAGUCAAGAACUUCCACGCGCAGAGAUGGCCCCCCAAGUCCAAGAAGGGUUCCGACAACCUCAACUCCAAGCUUGCCUUGGUUAUCAAGUCCGGCAAGGUCACCCUGGGUGCUAAGUCUACCAUGAAGACUCUGCGCUCCGGCAAGGCCAAGCUGUCUGAGCUUGAGUACUAUGCUAUGCUCGCCAAGACCCCCGUCCACCACUUCUCCGGCAACAACAUCGAGCUCGGUACCGCCUGCGGUAAGCUUUUCCGUUGCGCCACCAUGGCCAUCCUUGAUGCAGGUGACUCCGACAUCCUUUCUGCCAACCAGUAA